ACGCAAACUAUAGAGACAUAGGACAAUGUUAUUCCCUCAGUGGUCGGUCGGAGCCCGUGGAAUCACAAGUGAGAAGGCUCUAUGGCUGAAAAUGUUGCUCCUGCGCAGUUUCAAGAUAAGAAUAAUCAUGAUGUUUUCAAGCCUUGUCUACCUAGCCUUGAUGACUACAGCCUUCGGAGCGAGUCCACCCAAACCCGAUAAUAUUGCGAUUCCCAUCAUAAGUCAAUCGUCAGAUGUUAGUCCUGACGGAACAUUCUUCAACCAAUUCGAAACAGCUAAUGGUAUCCAGUACCAGGAAUCGGGAACUUUGAAAAAUCCUGGUCAGAAAGAUGAAGCUGCAUCUGUGCAAGGUUCAGCUAGCUGGCCAGCUCAAGAUGGAACUCCAGUCAGAAUAGAUUGGCAAGCUGAUGAAAAUGGUGCUACCUUUCAAGGUGCACAUCUUCCAACUCCUCCACCCAUUCCAGUUUUGAUUCAACGUGCUCUUGACUGGUUGGCUAACAACCCCGAGAGAGCACUGGAUGAGAAAAAAACGUGAUGUGAUAUAUUUAGUGAAAGGUGUAAGACUAAGUUGUGCCCACUGAUGUCAAUAAAUAAAUUGAUAAGA